AGAAGCUUCCAACUCCCCCAGCUGAGCGCUAGCGACGCUUUUGUCCUCGACGUUUGUGACGCUCGCGCUGGAGCCGGUCCCUCAAUUUCCUGUCGCCGGUGGUGGAAGUUGUACGCUAGUCGUCCUAGGUUUUUCAGAUUUACGGUCUGAAAUAAACCGAAGACAAAAUGCAUAAACUAACGGUUGUAAUCUUUGCUCUUUGCAUCGUGUCAUAUAUUUCUGUGCCCAAAGUCAGUGCAGAGGAUGACAUUGAGCCCAAUCCCAAAGUUGAUGAAGACCUUGGAGCCAGCAGGGAAGGCUCACGGACAGAUUCAGAGACUGUGGCCCGGGAGGAAGAGGCAAUUAAAUUAGAUGGGUUGAGUGUUGCCCAGAUGAAAGAACUGAAGGAGAAAUCUGAGAAGCAUGUGUUUCAAGCUGAGGUCAACAGAAUGAUGAAACUCAUCAUUAACUCUCUCUAUAAGAAUAAGGAGAUUUUCCUGCGCGAGCUGAUCUCCAACGCGUCUGACGCGCUGGACAAGAUCCGCCUGCUGUCGCUGACUGACCGCAGCGCGCUGGACUCUACGCCCGAGAUGACCAUCAGGAUCAAGGCCGACAAGGAGAACAAGAUGCUGCACAUUACCGACACGGGUAUCGGUAUGACCAAGGAGGACCUGAUCAAGAACCUGGGCACGAUCGCCAAGUCUGGCACCUCUGACUUCCUGGCCAAGAUGGCGGAGACGGGCGACGUGCAGCAGCUGACCGACAUGAUCGGACAGUUCGGCGUCGGCUUCUACUCCUCCUUCCUCGUUUCCGACAACGUGAUCGUCACGUCCAAGAACAACGCCGACAAGCAGUACAUCUGGGAGUCUGACUCGUCCAGCUUCAGCAUCGUGGAGGACCCGCGCGAGGACACGCUGCCGCGCGGCACCACCGUCAGCCUGGUGCUGAAGGAUGAGGCGCAGGACUUCCUGGAGCUGGACACGCUCAAGAAGAUCAUCAAGAAGUACUCUCAGUUCAUCAACUUCGACCUCUACCUGUGGGAGAGCAAGACUGAGGAGGUGGAGGAGCCGCUCGAGGAGGACGAGGAGAAGCCCGAGAAAUCCUCAGAGGACGGCGAGGUCGAGGUCGAGGAGGACAAGGACGACAAGCCCAAGACUAAGAAGGUCUCCAAGACCACCUGGGACUGGGUGAAGCAGAACGACGCCAAGCCCAUCUGGACCAAGAAGCCGGCCGACGUGGAGGAAGCCGAAUACGAGGAGUUCUACAAGGCGCUCACCAAGGACUCCAAGGGCCCGCUGGCCAAGACGCACUUCAUCGCCGAGGGAGAGGUGACCUUCAAGUCGCUGCUGUACGUGCCGCGCGUGGCGCCCUCGGACAUGCUGCGCAACUACGGCACCAAAACUGAGAACAUCCGGCUGUACGUGCGCCGCGUCUUCAUCACCGACGACUUCAAGGACAUGAUCCCCAGCUACCUGAGCUUCGUGCGCGGCAUCGUCGACUCUGACGACCUGCCCCUGAACGUCAGCAGGGAGGACCUGCAGCAGCACAAGCUGCUCAAGGUCAUCAAAAAGAAACUGGUCCGCAAGGUGAUUGACAUGCUGAAGAAGCUGAGUGACGAGGACUACGAGCAGUUCUGGAAGGAGUACAGCACCAGCAUCAAGCUGGGCGUGUUCGAGGACGCCUCCAACCGCAGCCGGCUGGCCAAGUUGCUGCGCUUCUACUCGUCCAACGACGAGGAGGAACAGACCUCGCUGGCCGACUACGUCAAGCGCAUGAAGGACGGACAGGAGCACAUCUACUUCGUGGCCGGCGCCAACCGCAAGGAGUGCGAGACGUUCCCGUUCGCCGAGCGUCUGCUGAAGAAGGGCUACGAGGUGCUGUACCUGACUGAGCCGAUCGACGAGUACGCCAUCUCGUCGCUGCCCGAGUUCGAGGGCAAGAAGUUCCAGAACACGGCCAAGGAGGGCCUGACGCUGAAGGAGGACAAGGACACGAUGGAGGAGCUGCAGAAGACCUACGAGCCGCUCACCAAGUGGCUCGGAGAGGACGUGCUCAGUGACGAGGUGGGCAAGGUGGCGGUGAGCAACCGUCUGACGUCGACGCCGUGCGCCCUGGUGGCCUCCCAGUUCGGCUGGACGGGCAACAUGGAGCGCAUCGUCACCUCUCAGACGCACACCAAGGCCGACGAUCCGAGCCGCGCCUACUACCAGAACCAGCGCAAGACGCUCGAGAUCAACCCGCGCCACCCGCUCAUCAAGGAGAUGCUCCGACUGGUGGAGGAGGGCAGUGCCGACGAGACGACCCGAGACAUGGCCCGCAUGCUCUACCGCACGUCCGUGCUCCGCUCCGGCUUCCAGCUCAAGGACACGGUCGACUUUGCCGCCAGCAUCGAGACCAUGAUGCGCAAGACGCUCGGCGUGCCGCUCGAUGAACAGCCCGAGGAAGAGCCGGCCGCGGCCGCCGCCGAGGAGCCCGAGGAGGUCUCUGCCGACGACGACGCGGCCUCCGACCCGUCCAAGGAGGAGCACGACGAGCUCUAGAGCCGCUCCGACGCCGACAGACACUCGGCAAACAGACUCAACCAAUGUGAUAUAGUGCGCGCGGGGCGCACCGGCCGCGACCGUGUGGUGUGGCAGGGCAGAGCGACCCGCCGACUGACAGACAAUCUGAACGGAGCACCGGACAGCCCGGCACAAUGACAGACGGCUACCAGUGUGAACUCUCCGUACGGACCAGUGCAAAUGGGGCUCCGGCCGGCGGGCGGAAAUUGGGCGGCGGUGUGCUCCAGUCAGUCACCUCAGUUUGGGACGGGGCAGGGCGGCCAGGGGUCUUCCGGGGCGGUCUCUGCUAGACGUGCUGAAUGUGUGAAUGUGGGCGGGCAGUUCGCUUCGGGCCACCAAUGAUGUUCUAUCCUCGAUAAAAUUGACCUAUGAGGUGAUGUUGAGCAUUAUUAUACCCGGUUUGUUUAGUUGUUUAUUCCUGUUAUCAUCGGUUCGUCUCCCCGCCCGGGCUUAGACGCUCGACAGUCACACUUGUCUUGGAGGCUUUAUCUGUUACAACGUUGUUGGCAUGUUAGUAUGUUUGAAUAUGUUCAGCGUAUGACCGUGGCAUUGACAAAUUGCACAUUUUCAUUGUUUGCAUUCCGUGACGUUUCGUUUCAUUUUUGGGAACAAUACAGUGUUGCGCAAUGACAA